GAUUGCAUAAAUUAGAUACUGGAGGGGCGAUAGGAGCACUGUUAUUAGUCAGAGAGUGUAUGUGAGAAACAAGAUGGAAAAGCCGGGAAACCUCUUCCUUAAGAAAACCUUUGUAGUCAUUACCGGCGCCAGUAGAGGACUGGGGAGAUGUAUGGCACUACAGUUUGGUGCCAAGUUUCCAGCUACUUCGGUUCUAGUACUUAUGGCAAGGAAUGUGGAGGCUCUAGAAAGUGUCAAGUCGGAAGUGUUGUCGUUGGCUCCGAAUAUCAGCGUAUUGGUACGACAAUAUGACCAGGGACAUUCGGAAAAUAAGGAUUAUUUCAAAGAUAUAUUCAAUGAAAUCAUAGCAGAAAACAACUUUUCGCAAGCUGACUUUGAACAGUAUAUGAUCGUACAUAACUGUGCUACUAUCGGUGAUGUAUCAAAGAGAUCAUUGGAACUUUCCGACUCUACGUCAGUCCGGAAGUACUACGAUAUCAACCUGACCGGGAUGAUCCUACUUAACACGAGUUUCUUUCAGACUUUCUCCGAUUCCACAAAAUCUCGUGUCGUCGUCAAUAUGACGUCAGCAGGUACCUCAACUCCUGUGCCGCCACUACAGCUUUACUGUGCAGGUAAGGCUGCCCGUGACAUGUAUAUGCGUGUACUGGCCGUAGAGGAGCCCUCUCUGAGGAUACUGACGUUCGCCCCAGGUGCCUCAGACACAGACAUGAUGAGAGGAGUAGAAAACAUGUGUCCUCUCAAGUCUAUGGUUGAAAUGCUGAAACAGUUUAGGGCUGACGGUACGAUGACUCUCCCAGAUGUCCCAAUCUCUAAGCUUGUCCAGAUACUGGAGGAAAACAGAUUUGAAAAUGCUGUAUACGUAGAGAGUGACAAACUAUUUUGAUUCUGCGUAUAGUGUCAACUGAAAAUUGUCUAUUUGAAAAUACUGCAUAACCGUCAUAAUGUCAUUCAAUUUCCAAUAAAUAUUCGGAGAUCUGUUCCAUAUGAAGUUAUUACGCAGUUACAGUUCUUCUUAGACUGAACAUCAGUAUUGGCUUGCUGCUUUUUAUAAAAGGAUUAAUAUUCCGUCUUUGCGUAUUGCAGAGUUAUCUUCUCUUGUGAACAGGUAUUGA